AUGUGUGUGAAGGGGCUAGAGACGUUGGCGCCUCAAGUGAGACACCGGAAGUACGUGCAGCUCCUCAGCAGCCGCCUCGCUUCCCGCUCUCGGCUCUCCCGUCGGAAGAACCAGGAUCUCGCGAGAUUACAAGCCACCCCUUCUAUAGGGAGACGCCGGAAGUGCCCGCAGUCAGUGCCUCAGGAGCCGCGUCUCGCAGCGCCGCGCCUCGCCUCGCCUCCCGCCCUGGAUCCUUCCGUCGAGGGGGCGAGCCAGCCCGCCGCCGGCCGUCUAGACGCGCUCGUCCAGCCGCUCCCCGGCGUCGUCCACCGGCCCCGCAGGCAGCGCCUCCGCCUCGCCCUGGCGCAGAAAGCGGGCGCCAUGAAGCAGGCCGCGGUGUCCCCGGCGGCGUCGGCGUCGACGGCGGCGUCGGCGUCCGGGGGCGGCCUCGGCGGCGCGGCGGCGGCGUCGGCGCUGGACGCGGCCGGGCUCGGGUGGCUGUCCGCCGCCUCGGGCUUCUGCCGCUCGGCGCGCGUGGGCCCCGUCGGGGCGCCGGCCGGGCUGGGCGGGGCGGCGGCGGGCGCGGGCGCGGCCUGGGGCUCCGGGUCGCUGGGCAGCUUUCGGUUUCGAUUCGCGCCGCCGCCGCCGCCGCAGCCUCCGCCCCCGCCGCCGCCUCUGCCGCCUCCCUGGAGCCCGGGCAGCGGCUGGUGGGCCGCGUCGCUCCCCUUCAGCAUGAGCCUGGGCGCCAACCCCGCCGCGACGCUGCGCGAGGCCACCCAGGCGCUGUGCGCGGCCCACGGCGCCCUGCGCCUGGACGAGCUGCGGCGCCGCGUGUGGGACCGCGACGCCCUGGAGAGCCUGCUGCGCGAGGGCGACCGCCUGGUGCUGGCGCGGCGGCGCGCGGGGCCGGGGCCGGGGCCCGGGGCGGAGGCGCGGGCCGGGCCCGAGCUGGUGGUGGUGGCCGCCUCGCCCCUGCGCCUGUGCCGCGCGCCGCAGGGCCCCGGCGGCGGCUGCCCGGGCCACUGCGACGAGCUGCACCUCUGCAAGUACAUGGUGUACGGCGCUUGCAAGUUCCAGCGGGCCGGGAAGGAGUGUAGGAACUGCCACAGCUUGACUACGAGUCACAACACAGGUGUGCGGAUAUGCCAUGGUGUGGACCACCUCAACAUCAACGAACUCCGCCAGCUCUUAUAUCAGAAUGACCCCUGGCUUUUGCCUGAGAUCUGCUUACAUUACAACAAAGGAGAUGGGCCCUAUGGCUCUUGCACUUUUCAGGAGAAGUGCAUCAAGCUCCACAUCUGCCAGUAUUUCGUACAGGGCCAAUGCAAGUUUGGCAGCAGCUGCAAGAGAUCUCACAGUUUCUCAUGUCCUGAGAACCUGGGCAAGCUGGAGAAGCUGGGCAUGAGCUCAGACCUGGUGAGCAGGCUACCUUCCAUUUACCAGAAUGCUUACGACAUCAGGAAUAAGAAGUCCAACCUCAGCAGAAGUCUACUAGACCUCCACGGGAUCUCAGAAAGAAGAGACAACUUUGGUUCUGCACCCCCAAGCACUCCUAAGAAAGGGGAGGUUGAGGAGAUCUGCUUGUACCACAUCCUGAAAAAUUGUAGCUUUCAAGAUAAAUGUAACAAGGUUCAUUUCCACUUGCCUUACCGAUGGCAGUUCUUGGAUGGCAGCAAGUGGAAGGAUCUUUACCAGAUGGAGUCUAUUGAAGAGGCCUAUAGCAAUCCCCAAAAGGACAGGAUCCUGUGUUCUGAGUUUGCCAGAAUUUUUCACAUGGACUGUCUGAACUUUAACUCCAUGAAGUUUGGCUCUGCCCAGGUUCGUCGCCUCUCCACUGCCUCAUCAGCCAUCAAACCGCCAUAUUUCGUCCUCACCACCGAGUGGCUGUGGUAUUGGACCGAUGAAUCUGGGGCUUGGCAGGAGUAUGGAAAGCAAGGCACGAAGCAUCCUGUGACCACCAUAAACAGCAGUGACUUGGAGAAGGCCUACCAGGCAUUCUGUGAGCCUGGCUCUGGUGCUCAGGUUGCCACGCUGAAGUUCCAGGCUGGAAAACACAAAUAUGAGCUGGACUUCAAAGAUUUUGUUCAGAAAAACCUGGUAUAUGGCACCGUGAGGAAGGUUUGCCGCAGACCUAAAUAUGUAUCCCCCCAGGAUGUGAAGGGGAAGCAGACCUGUCAUGUCAAAUUCUGUGGCCCAAAGAGUAUUCCAGACUAUUGGGACCCCUCUGCCUUGCCGGACCCUGGCUUUAAGAAAAUCACUCUGAGUUCGUCCUCUGAGGAAUAUCAGGACGUCUUAGCCCUCUUCAAACAAACACUGCCCAACUAUUCUGUCCAGAAGAUCAAGCGCAUCCAGAACCUGGCCCUCUGGGAAGUCUACCAGUGGCAAAAAGCACAAAUGCAGAAGAGAAAUGGAGGCAAGACAGUGGAUGAGAGGAAGCUGUUCCAUGGCACUGAGUCCACUUUGGUUAAUACUAUCUGCCAGCAGAACUUUGACUGGAGGGUCUGUGGGCUUCACGGCACUUCCUUUGGCAAGGGGAGCUACUUUGCCCGAGAUGCUGCCUACUCACAUCACUACUGCACCCCAGAAGAUAAGCACUCCUACACCAUGUUCCUGGCACGGGUGCUAGUGGGCGAGUUCAUCCGUGGGAGCCCCUCCUUUAUGCGCCCCCCAACAAAGGACAACAAGGAUGUUUUCUACGACAGCUGUGUGAACAGUGUCUCUGAUCCCUCUAUCUUCGUGGUCUUCGAGAAGCAUCAGGUGUAUCCCGAGUAUAUCAUCAAGUACACAGUCUCCAGCAGGUUCCCAUAGCCGGCCCCACUCGCACCUUUCAGGGUCUCCCUGGCCUCUUUCUUUGGAGGGCAUCAGUG